AUGGAUCUAAUGACGGACAUGCCCAUGGGCUCAAUGUCCAUGGGCAACGGCGCCCCCAGCCUCUUCACGCUACAGAAGAUGUACUGGGCCGUUGUCGGGAGUGCCAUCGGCGCAGCAACGCUGGUCAACCUCUUGAACCGGGCAUUAGCACAGCAUCGACUACGAGACUCGUCCUUAACCCCCGCCAAACCAAAAUCCCUCUUCUUCAACACCUACGCAACCCUCACCGCCAUCGUCCGCGAAAUCAGCUACGCAACAAUCCACCCACUACCACUAGGACGCUAUACCAUCCACUUCCCACCCCUCGGACCCGUCCUCGUCAUUCUCGCCAACCUAAUCACCAUCCUCGUCCUCUCCUUCUACAAACUAGACACCACCGACGUCUGGGAAUGGGAGGACAUCGGCUACAGCACCGGCUUCAUGGCCAUCUGCCAACUCCCACUGAUCUUCCUGCUGGCCGGGAGACAGAAUGUCAUCGGCUUCCUGGCCGGUAUGAGCUACGCCAGUCUAAACUGGUUUCAUCGUUGGGUUGCGCGCACGCUCUGGCUCACGGCGACGAUCCACAUGUGCUUCUGGUUCCGUGACUGGGCCAGGUACGACUAUAUCAAGUAUGAAUUGUACAAUGACGAGCUCACGAAGCGCGGGUUCGCGGCGUGGUGCAUUCUGACGUUCAUCGUGGUGACCUCGAUUCGACCCAUUCGAGGUCUCAGCUACGAGGUAUUUGUCCUGCAGCAUCUGGUGACGUUUAUCGGGUUCAUCGUUGCCGUGUGGAUGCACGCACCCAACGAGGUCAGGGUUUGGGUGUGGAUCCCGAUCGGACUGCUCGUGUUUGAUCGUGUGGUUCGGUACGUCUGGGGCGCGUAUGUUAAUCUGGCCGUGUUUCACCGGAAUAAGGGUAACAAGGGGAGUCGGCUGUGGACUCACUCCGCGACUUUUACCCCCCUACCUGGCAACAUUACCCGGGUGACUGUUGAUAACCCUGGGAUUAGCUGGCAGGCUGGGCAACACGUCUUCCUUACCUGUCACUCUAUUGUGCCAUUGCAAUGCCAUCCAUUCACUAUUGCUUCGCUGCCAGAUGAUGACAAGUUGGAGUUCUUCAUUCGCGCGGAAAACGGCGGAACGAGACGCUUCUUCCGAUACGCCUCGAAAAACGACAAGAUCCUCGGGAAUCCCGGAUCCGCUCCCGCUGCAAAAGGCCGAACCGUGUUUGUCGAAGGGCCGUACGGGACUCUCCGAUCGCUACGCCAAUUCGAUAGCGUCGUUCUCCUAGCCGGAGGAAUGGGCGCAACCUUCACCAUGCCAUUGCUACGGGACAUUGCAUCCGUCUGGACGAAAGAAAGCAAGGGCCAGAUCGGCCAGGGAUCCUUCCAAGCCAAGCGUCUGGCAGCGACCAAGCGGAUUCGAUUUGUCUGGGUGAUCAAAUCGCGCGCUCAACUGAGCAUGUUCGAAACACAACUACAAUCGGUUCUAGCCGACGUGGCCGAAUGUCGUGCCAGACAGCCCGAUUUCCAAAAGGAGCUUGAGAUCAGCAUCUACAUCACCUGUGACGAGAAGUUGGAAGCUCCUACCACGGUUCCACCGGCGCUGCCAUUGCCGGCGCGAGAUGUCAUUACCAGUGGUGUGGAUCUCUCAUACGGGAAGGAUAUAGAUAUCUCGGAUGAAAAGGACAAUGGCUCCGUCCACUCUAUCUCUGCAGAAUCAUCUUCGACAGCUGAAGCCCCGGCAGCAGUUGGCAAAGGAUGCCUCCCAGGGGGAGGAUGCUGCUGCACCACCCAAAUCAAAGACGAAGACCAAAUCACUACGUGCGCAUGUACGUGUUCCGGACCAGUGCAGUCUGAAAAGGCAAUCCUCAGUUCAGGCGCAGUCGACGAGAAGACCGCUCUCUCGAAAGAAUCACCCCCGACACUAUCCCCCACAAUCCUAUCUGGCCGUCCGUACCCGCGAACGAUCAUCCGCAAAGUCCUCGAGAAAGCCGAAGGUGAAAGUGCAGUGGUCGUUUGUGGUCCGCCCGGUCUGAGUGAUGAUGUUCGUCGGAGUGUUGUCUAUCUCAGUGAUGAACGGGCGGUGCAUAAGGGGACUGGGGCGCAGGGGAUUUACUUGCAUAUUGAGAAUUUUGGGUACUAG